GGGGCGGGGCUGCUGUCACCACCGCCACUCGCGGCGCUGAGCGAGGCGCAGUGGUGACGACUUCGUGUCUGGAGAUGCGCGCAGAGCGAAUACGCAGCAGCAGCAGCGGCGGCAGCGACUUCUCCGCGUCGCCGCGAUUGUUGUUGUUGUAGUUUAGUUGCGUCUCAUGGAAGAGGACACUCGCAAGGGCAAGGCGUCGAGGCUUCGUUGAGAGACGAGAGAGAGACGAGAGCUCGACACGAGCGGCGGAGGAGGAGGAGGACGAGGAGGAAGAAGAUGGACGCCUUGGUCGACCUGUUCACGGGCCCCGGGGCGCCGUGCGGACCCAAGCGAGGCGGAGGUCGAUCCCGCAAGCAGCAACAGCAGCAGAAGAAGCGCACACGGCCACAUCAGAUCCAGAACCAAAACCAGAACCACAGCCUUCACCAGCCUCAGCCACAGCCAUUUCUACCGCCCGAGGCCGAAGAGGGGAAUAUAGAAUAUAAGUUGAAGCUGGUGAACCCUUCGCAAUAUCGCCUCGAGCACCUCGUCACGCAGAUGAAGUGGCGGUUACAGGAGGGCCGCGGGGAGGCCAUUUACCAGAUCGGCGUGGAAGACUGUGGCCUCAUCGCUGGACUCUCUCUGGAGGAGAUGAGAGCCUCCUUGAAAACGCUACGCCGCAUGGCCGACAAGCUUGGAGCAGACUUAACAAUAUUACGAGAAAGAAACGUGGAGUUUGAGGACAAGUGCCCAAAAAUGGUGGCUGAGGUCUUGAUACGGAAGGUUCCAGAUGACCAACAGUUCCUGGACCUACGGGUAGCGGUGCUGGGCAACGUGGACGCGGGCAAGUCGACACUGCUGGGUGUCCUGACGCAAGGAGAGCUGGACAACGGGAGGGGUCGUGCGCGUCUUAACCUCUUCCGCCACCUUCAUGAAAUCCAGUCUGGGCGCACCUCCAGCAUCAGCUUCGAGAUCCUGGGCUUCAACAGCAAGGGCGAGGUCGUUAACUACAACGGCUCGCGCACGGCAGAGGAGAUCUGCGAGAGUUCCUCCAAGAUGAUCACCUUCAUCGACUUGGCCGGCCACCACAAAUACCUGCGCACCACCAUCUUCGGCCUCACCAGCUACGCCCCCGACUUCGCCAUGCUCGUGGUUGGCGCCAACACUGGUCUCGUUGGGACGGCCAAAGAGCAUCUUGGGCUGGCGAUGGCACUCAAGGUGCCGUUCUUCAUCGUGGUGAGCAAGGUGGACGUGUGCUCGCCCGGCACGGUGGAGCGCACCGUGCGUCAGCUCGAGCGCUUGCUGCGCAGCCCCAGCUGCAACAAAGUGCCGCUGCUCGUGUGUGGCCCCGACGACGCCAUGACCGCCGCCACCAAGUUCCCACAGUGCAGCAGUAUAACACCGAUCUUCACCGUGUCCAACGUGACUGGGAAGAACUUGGACCUCUUGAAAACCUUCCUCAACGUGCUCCCGCCUCAGAGCAACGUGCAAGAGCAGGAGCAGCUGAUGCAGCAGCUCGCCGAGUUUCAGGUGGAUGAGAUCUACACGGUACCUGAAGUGGGCACGGUGGUCGGAGGAACGUUAUACAGUGGCGUGUGCCGGGAGGGCGAUGGCUUCGUGGUGGGGCCCACGGAACGCGGCGAGUUCCUGCCGGUCGCCGUCGCCACCAUACAGAGGAACCGCGCGCCGAGCCGCGUGCUGCGCGCCGGCCAGGCCGCCACGCUCGCGCUGGGCCCCUUCGACCGCUACCUCCUGCGCAAGGGCAUGGUGCUGGUGAGCCCCAAAAUGUGCCCCACCGUGUGCUGGGCGUUCGAUGCCGAGAUCGUGCUGUUGUUCCACGCCAAGACGGUGCGGCAGGGCUUCCAGGUGACUGUGCACGUGAGCAACGUGCGGCAGACCGCAAUCGUGGAGGACAUCCUCGACAAGGAGAACGUGCGGACAGGUGAGAACGCCGUGGUGACGCUGCGCUUCAUCAAGCAGCCCGAGUACAUCCGCCUGGGCGCCAAGCUGCUCAUCCGCGAGGGCGCCACCCGAGGCAUGGGUCACGUGACCAAGCUGCACUCGCUGCCGGCCUCUCCCUCGUCCGACGACAGUUCCUCGUGAAAGCGGCGAGCCGAGGAUGAAGUAAGAGAAGAGACUGCUGUCGAUUACCCCUUGCGGUAAAGUAGGGUUACCUUAUGAACGUGUGCGGUUCCCUGGUGCUGCAGGCUUCGGCCGGAUACGGUGAAGACAUUUUAAAACGCAAUGCUAGUUUUGUUCUCCUUGUAUUUUAACCCGAGACGCAUUCUUCUUAAACUCCACACACACCCACAGAGGUUUCACCAUAUAUGCAGUGAUCUCCAUCAGCAAAGACAAAUCGUUUUUUUAGUUUUACAGUAUAUGCAUGUGCAGAUGUCACGAGGUAAACAUCUCCUUACUUAACAGUGGAGCACAAUAUAGUCACGAACAGCAGGGCUGCAGUUUGUUUUAGAAUAAGAUAACGGGACUUCCACGGUGGAGCGCUUGGAGUUUGUCAAUGCAGCGCUCUUUCCGAGAUGGGAGCUCAAUCAGGUUAAAGGUCAUAGUGGGCACGUGCUCAUGACACAGCAGGUCACGGGAAGCAGGCCUUGCCUGAACUGAACCCAUGAGGCCACGCUCACAUUGUACCCUGCGCUCAUGAAGUAGCAGACUUUUACUCAGCCUUCUAGCUCACCGUUGAUCCAGCAAGAUAAGUCGCAGGCUCACUCAGGCUUUUCAGCUCGCCUCGAUUCAACAAGGAGUCUUUUAUUGUUCUCACUCCAGUGUUAUUGAAACACUUGUGCAUGCACAUUUCCCAACCCCUUCGAGGCACGAGUCUCCGGCUCCCUUCUGAUUUGCAACGGCCAGUAUCAGGUUUUGGUGGGGUUUAUUCGCCACGGGACCAUGUCUGCAUUGGUCACGUGGCUUUUAAAGUUGCUUGUGCUGGCACGACCAGAUACGUGUGUCCUCGAAAUAAUAUGAGAGGAUAAACCUUGUCCUGCAUAUAAGUGUGGGUCUUUUGGGGCGGGACCCCUAAAAAUAAAAAGACAUUAGCAUUUGUGACGUUUACAAAUUGAACGGCAUGCAAAGCAAUGCUUUUUGUCAUCCGCGUCUCCACUUUGCACAUUAAUGUCAAGUGCCAAUCAUUCGGGCACUACUGUAGAGUACUGCACUGCACGUAUGAUCCAAAUAAGAUAAAUUAAAUUUUUUAAGUGACUUUCAACCCAUUACAAUUUUUUAUGCAAUUAUAUGCAUGCUUGAGCAAGAUAAGAAGCUUCCAAUUGGUCAGCUGCCGUCUUCUUAUACAUAAUUGAGUAAUGCGAGUAAAACUUAAUAGACCGGAGUGUACCCUACUCCCGAAUUAGCUCUGGUAUUUCGAGGACAAUGCUGUGUCUGCCUCGCAAAAAACCUAUCGCUGGCUCGCUCGUCGUUUUGCCAGUCUGGUUGGAGUAGCCGAACUCUUCCUUCGUACGGGCAUACCACUGUGGAGUUUCAAUAUUUAUUUGAGUUUGUGUGUUGACCUUACAAUGUAUGCUGCGAUCAGUGCAAUUACCACCUUGUUAUCUGCUGUGUACUUCUAAUUAACAUCUGAUGACGACAGUGCACUGUUGGUGCUAUUGGCAGUGUGAUGUAUUUAAGAAACGACUGUUGACUUUGUCUGCCUUGAUGCCAAGACAGGAGCUAAUUGUGUCUUCAUGGUUUUUUUUAGUUAUCAACAACAUAGGUAGAUUUUACAAUAUAAUUCUGGUAUUUGUGGAUAAGUUACAACAUGUUAUACUCGUAACUGCUCAUUUUAUACUCCAGCACUGUUUGGAAUUUCAUCAGCAUGAUUUUACGUUCUGUUUGAAGCAUACGCUGUUUGUUUUACAACGUAAACAAAUAUAAUUUUACAGGUUAAACAAAUAUAUCUGCGCACCUGUAUAUAUGUGUAUAUAUUUGUGUGUGUGUAUAUCUAUGUGUAUGUAAGAGAUAUGCAUUAUACAUAUGUAUUGUAUGCAUAUAUUGGUGCAUACGUGUAUGUUAUAUGCAGUCUCAGUGACACUGACGUGAAAUAUCAUACGCCAAGCACACGCACAAGGUAUCUUUGAUCUUCAUUACAUCGACUCAAGUACUACUUGCGUAGCUUUUCGUGGCCGUACUGUAGUGCGCUUCGAUGUUUUAUUUCGGGUUGUACCGCGGCUCGUUUUGUGCGGCGGCAAACGGAUUCCUGUGAAAAGCUUCCGGCACGUGCAUCGAAACGUCUGAUAUCGUGCUGAACGAUGCGCGCGCAACAACCCAAUAACACAUCGGUGACCUUGAUGAUCCUCAUCCUCGGCUGUGGCAGGUGCCAGUUGCUCAUCGCUAACGCUAAACAGGGGGACUUAACCACAUGCCUGCCCUUCUGUUCUGCAUGCCCUGUGCCUGCCAUGCCCUGCUCGAGGCCGAGAGAAACUCGGAAAAUCUCCAUCGCACUUGGAACAUUGCUCGAGGUAAAUGGUGCCUUUUGGCAUUCACUGCUGCAUCAUUUUAACGAUAAAGUUUUUGGUCCACUCAAAAAAGGAUGUGUACUUAAAUAAGUUUUACAACUUUAUACAAUGCAUUUUAAUGCAGUUAAGGUCUUGACCGUCGUGUUUUUUUUAGCAUGCCAAAUACUUCCUGUUCAAACUUCGCAAUAUUGUACCCAUUGUUAAACAGGUUUCUGUGUUGUAAUUAUUAAGUACUGUAUGUACUGGCACCAAUCUCAGCUAAAGGCCCUUUCCUUCUUCACUUCCGUUGACAUAAAGUGAUGCAGGUUUUAUGGAAAAUGAGUUUCAGUAUAAAAAAAUGCUCCCAAAAAAUGCUCUUAAGAUAGAAAUUGGAUUGACAGUCACCGUGUAGAAGGUUAAAGAAAUCUGGGGGUGGUGGUAGAAUUUUUUUUAUAAUCGUUGGAAAGGAACACCACCAAGACGCUCGUCAAAUAGACUUCACCGACGUCGACCCAGCAGGCUGCUGGCCGACAGACUUCACGUUAAACUUCCGGCUGUGCCGUCCAUCUGCGAUGUGCACACGGGAUUCGAAAUCCUUCCACGUGUCAACGUUACCCAAUUUUAUUUAAACCUUCAUAGCACUUAGCGAGCGUGCAUCAUAAAUGUUGUUGUUUGUUAUUAGAAUGCUCGUGUUCAACAUUACGAGGUUUAUUUACUAGUCUGGAAAAGCACUUUUGGUCGAUUUAGUUUUGUUAUUAAUUCAACGUCCAAUGAUAUCAACGUCCCAGAUCUUGUCUUAUUUUUGCGCUUGAGCGUUCGAACUCACCCCUCGGCUGUUGUCGUCGUCGUUGUUGUCUCACGUCGCAUGUGUAUGUGUUCCUGUUAAGCGGAUUAACGCACGAUGGAGAAAGAAUCCUGGCUAAACUUCACGGAAAUAUAAAGGGGCAAAUCUGAAUGGACGCACUGCAAAAUAUUUAAUGUUUGAAACGUCUAAUGGAGUUGCUGCCAUUCACUUUUUAAUUUCUACUACAAUUGGUAGCAUUGAUGUUUAACAGAAUCGUUAUCUUUAUUUAUCCUGGAGGAACUCGAUGAGAUGUGAAGCUCUUUAACAGGAUCCUAUGAUAUUGAUACUAGCUGUUAAGCAUUCUCUUAUAACUAACUCUGGCUCCAGGGUGUACUUUGAAAGGUAAUUUUACAAGAUUUGGCUUAUUUAUCGAGCAAAUCAGAUUUUACGAACACUCUACUGAAUGCAUCGCCACCAUCCCAGCAUGGGUUAAAAUUCCAGUUCCGUUAAUGUUACACCAUGGUAUUUGGAGCAUUUGUCUGCUUCUCAAUGCGGAUAAAUAAUUUCAAACUGAAUAACCCUGCUAAGUAAAGAGUCCACUUUAUGAAUACACUGAUCACCUACAUCUUUUAAAGUGUAUAGAAAUAUACGAAAGUGAAUGGCGGUCGCCUUCGUGGAUAACACGACCUUAAAACAUUUGCAGCAUUGCUGUCGUGUAUUGCAAGGUUUACUACGAUCCCCGUCGCCCUCCUAUUUGGGGUCUAAACAUCCGUGACGUUUUCUCACUCGAUGCCGAAGCGUUGAGUCUCUUGAUCGAGCUGAGCACGUGCAGCAUGGGGCGCUGGUGAGUUUGUGUGGCUCUUUGGUGCUGUCCACCGUGAUAGAUACUGCGUCCGGCGUCCGUGCGUGCCCCGUUCCUCGGGUCUCGUACCGCGAACCCGUGAGCUCGUCCAUCCCGUUUGGUCGUUCCGUACGCUUCGUUUUAAGAAAAUAUAUAACUACGGUAUAUUUUUUUCGGUUUUUGUUAACUGUACAUUUUGUAAAAACAAAAGAAUAUUAAAUUGCUUAGAUUUAAACUAUA